CCUCGGAGAAAGCAUUAAUUGUUAGAAAUUAAUUUUCUUUAAAAUAUGGAAAAAUUAGCAGUGAUUUUGCUUCUCGCAUUUGCCUUUGGAGCCGGUGCAGCUUCAUUCCCAUACACGAAACUGUAUCACCUCCGCAUCGACUGCGGAGUGAACGACGACGGCAACGGCGCCCUAAUUAACACAAUCAACAACGACUCAUGGUUCCGCGACGGCGGCCUCUUCACCGACUCCGGCAAGGCCGAGAAACUCCCCUCCGGCGCCACCGCCGCCGUGCCGGAAUUCCUCGCCACCCUCAGAACUUUCCCCGGCGGCGAGAAUCAGGACCCGAUCUGUUACCCGCUGCCGCUGGCCACCACUCACAGUUUCCUUUUCCGGGGGGGCUUUUACUACGCCAACUACGACGGCAAGUCGCAGCCGCCGGUGUUCGACCUGCAGCUGGCCGGGAAGACGUUGGCCGCCGUCGAUCCCUCCGGCGGCGCGCCGACGUUCGUGGAGGUGGUGUACUGGCCGAGAAACGAUAAUAUAACGGUGUGCUUGGUCGGCCGGAAAGACGGCGGCCGGCCGUUCAUUUCGUCGCUGGAGGCGACGGCGUUGGAUGGGAUGAGUUAUAAUCAGACGCCGAUGUACCGGAAAAUGACGCAAGGCACGGCUUAUCGGCUCGUAAGCCGGCUCAAUUUUGGGGGCGACAACCAAGUUGUAGAGCCGUGGUCGAUGUGGGCGAACUCUUGCGAAGAAACACAAAACAGAUAUUGGGUGCCGCAACGAAUGGACUACUACAGCCAACUUACCUUCGAACGCUCGACGGCUUGCACCGGCCGAAUUUACGAAAACGUACCUCCCGACUCUGUCAUCACCACCGCCGUAACUCCGGCGCCCACCGCUCCCUCACAAUCGAUCUACGUGCCCGUUGAAUUCCCUUCGACAGACAAUACGACCGCAACCACAGCCAUGACCGUGUACGUAGUUUUGUAUUUCUAUCAGGGCCUCAACUCAGCAGAAGUGCGCGAACCCAUGAGGAUUAUGGAUAUUUACAUUGACGGAUGGCUCAUGGGAAGCGUCGGUUUGGAGGAGCACGACGCGGGCGAGGUGGUGACGUUGUAUCCGGUGACGGUUUCCGGUGGGACAAUGAAUUUGACGAUUUCCCCCGGAGAGAAGACGGCGUUGCCCCCGCUGUUGAACGGGAUGGAAGUGUUUUUGGCAAUGGAGAUGGGGCAUGAGGUGUUUAGUUAUGGGUUUAGGGUUAGUUGUUGGAUUGUGGGGAGGAUCGUACUGCAGGUUCUGCUGAUCAUUGGGGUACUUUUUUAUUAGGGUUAGAGCUUGAUUAUGUGAUUGAAUUUUUUUAUUCCGACGUAAAAAUCACACUAGACGAAUCAUAUGUGACAGGUGACCUAAAACGUCGGGGUUGUCACUAGUUCAACCCCUACACUGCCAGACCUUCCUUUACGGGAUAACUCUUGACUCUACUUUCAAAAUACAAACACACGUUCCACAAAAA